AUGCACAAAGUGACGAGAGUCUGGUCAACCUUGGUCAUGCGCUCAGGGUCGUCUUUGUGUCGUGCAGCGCUCGAGGCGCAGAUGGAAGAACACCGACUCAAGUAUCAACACGGGCGAUAUCCGUCGCCCGCCCGUCAACGCCAUGAAAAGGUCUCGUUCAAGCUGCCACAGCUGGCAGCGCCAGCGUCAACAACCCCCACCAACGCAGAAUUGGCACCAAACUUACUGGCGUCGCCUCGAACGCAACGAAAGCCUGAAUCGACGGCAGACGUGCAGUCGGUCGUGCGGCAGCUCCAAGCCGACCUCGUCCAGCAAACGCAGAUCGUCCAACGACUCUCUUCCGACAUGAACGAGAAAUACAGCGUCGUCAUGCAAAGGCUGCUGGAACUCGUCCACCGCCCAUCUCCAGUGGUUUCGCAGAUCCCAGCGACGUCGCCGACUCCGUUGCUCCACAGCACGCUGACCCACCACGCCACUCGCCUUGAUGCAUUGGAGAGGUCAGCUGUCGCAGCAUCGACAAACGCCCUCCUUCGAGCGGACUUCGAUGCGACAACGACCAUGCUUGUGGAGAACAAAGCGCAGGUGGUGGCCCAGGUGACUUCUCUGGGGGACCGUGUCCGGGCGGUCGAGGGGAUGGUGUCUUUGCAGUGCCCAACGUGGAGCCACUUCCACGAAAUAAAUUCCAAGUUUGACGACGCCAUCGCCAAGCUGCGCGUAGAAAUGGACCGGACGAUGGUCGUUCACAUGCGACACCUUCUCGACGAUCGCGACAAGUUGCACCAAGAGUCAAAAGAGUCGCAAGCUGUGCUGACUCGGCUCACGUCGACUGUCGACGCACGGAGGCAAGAUGCUGUCAAUGUUCGCCUUACUGCAGUCGAAGCAGACCUCGCGGGCGAGCGCCGCGCCGGCAUGGACUUGGACGUUGCACUCCAAAACAAGCUGGAUCAGGUCGUCACAGCCGCUGAAGCAGCUAUGGUCAAGGUCGACGCGUGGCAGCGAGUUGAGCAGGCGCGAUGGGCCCAAUGGACUGCGCAGCACAUUGCUGCGUGUGACGCGCAGUUAACAGUCCAAGCGAGAAUGGACCAACUCGCUCAACGAACUUGGUCGACGAAUCGAGGAGGUGGCGACGUCGAUAGCUCGCCGGUGCACCCAAGUGCACGAGCAAAUGCUAAAUAUGGACAAGGUGAUGGCAGCUGAAAUCCGCAAGCGAACAAGUGACAUCGCAGGUGUGCAAGCAGCCGAAGCGAGCAUGUGCGAACGGUUCAUGCGGCUAUGGAAGCAAGAAGCGCAGGACCUGUUGCGACCGGUGCAGUCCCAAGUGUCGGCUCUGGCAGCCGAGGUCGUGUCCGCUCACGAUGCAUCGCGGCGAUGCCAAGACUCUGAACAUCAUUUACGUGAUGUUGUCCACAAGUUUGCGUUGAGCCAGCAAGACGCGAUUGCUACUGUUCGGGCCGACGCAGAGGGCC